GCAUAGCAAAGGGGAAAAGACUGUCACAGAGAGACAGGCGAAAGAAGCAGAGAGAGAGACUGGAAGACACACAGAGAUUAUUGCAAAUAAAAUUCAGUAGCUGAAGCUGAAAGUGGCGAAGAGACUGGAAAUCUUUAAGGGAGAAACUUGGACACAAGUCAAGACACAGAAGAAAAAGACUGGAAGUUACUGAAAUGAAAGAAAACUUGUCUCUGGGAGUGCUAAAGGUAAUUACUGAGGGAAGGAGAAAAGCAGCAUUACAAAAAACUGGAUCUGAAGGGGUGACAGACACAUCUGAUUUGCAUAUGUAAAUACAACAACAUCAUUUUAAGAAUUCUAAGAGACUGAAAAUAUAUAAACAGAAGUUUUAUAAGAGUUGCACCUAUCCUAUAUAUAAGAGACUAGUAUAUAGCACAGCAAGAGCAAAUAAGGCACACUGAGCUGACAUACAGGAAGGGAGAGGCAGAGAUCAAGGCUGAGUCACCAGCGAAGAUAUAAACUGUUUGUGUUCAACAUUCAACAUGCUGGAUUGUAUUGGUCUCAUGAACUGAGGAGUCACUAUGAGUUCUGUAUGGAAGAGACUGCAGCGGACUGGAAAGAAAGCAUCACGUUUCCAGUUUGUGGCCUCUUAUCAGGAAUUAAGAUUAGAAUGCACGCACAAAUGGCAACCUGAUAAAGUGGUGGUUGUAUGGACUCGGAGAAACAGAAGAGUCUGUUCUAAGCCUCACAGCUGGCAACCAGGGAUAAAGGACCCAUUUCAUGGAUCUGUUGUUUGGGCUGUUCCUGAAAAUGUGGACAUUACUGCAACCUUAUACAGAGACCCGCACACAGAAUAUUUUGAAGAGAAGGAGUGGACAUUCCAGAUUGAAGGGGAAAAUCGUGGACACAAAAAGGUUCUUGCAGCAGCCCCUAUUGACCUCAGAAAAUUUGCAGCCAUCUCUGCUGCCCCACGGGAGGUGACACUUAAACUCUCUCCACGCUCUGUCAAGGUUGUGUCUGCAACACUCAUUGUCAGCAUUGCCAGUACUUUAAUAAGAGAGGGCAAAGCUACUGAUGAUGACAUGCAGAGUAUUGCUAGCCUCUUGAGUCUUAAACCAUCUGACAUUGCUGAUAUGGACGACUUCAAUGAGGAGGAUGAGGAAGAGAAGUCUCAGCAAAUCAGAUCCCCUACUGGGACAGCAAUGCGAGGAUAUCUUAAAAGCAUCCAUACUGGUUAUUUCCCAGACCCUGUCCGGGAACUCAACACUCUUGCUGAGGAAGAAGAUGAAACUCCUAUUAAUACACCAAACCUUGCUUCUCAAGUUACAAAGUCUUCAUCUAAUAUCUGCCAGUCACCUACCAACGUUAUUCCCCAAAAAAGACCACAAGAGCCUAGUCCUGUACCGAUUGACAAAUUUAACAACAGUGUUACUAAUGAGGGAGAACAAGCUAGGAGGACCAUUGAAAAGAUACCCACAGGUGGCCUAUCAACGGAUCAAGACAAAAGGUCUAAUGAGGUAUGGAAGAUUCGGGAGGUCAACCCUAUUUCCUGUGUCAAAGAUACAGCCAAGAAGGAGACUGACAUAGUGCACGGGGAAGGGGAGAGAAAGAGUGGGGAGAGAAUGGUGGAAGUGGAGGACCUGCAAGAGAGAAAGACAGGAACAGUUAGGGUUCCUGAGGCUGCAGUAAGAAUGAAAAAAGCAAAGAAUAUAGAAAUGAUGCAGGAGACAAAGCUUAAGACAGAUAUGAGAACUCAAGAGACAUCACAAAAACCAGAGGUAGCAAGGAGGGGAAAAAAAGCAGCUGCACUGAGAACAAUGGAAAAAAUAGCAGUCGAAGAUCCAGAGUUGAAUUAUAUUCCUGAGACUACAUCAAGCGCAUAUCAUGUUGUGGACAUACAAGUUCCAGAAACAACCUUAAAAUCAUAUGAAAAAUUUGAGGAAAUAAUUCAUAUUCCAGACAGGAAACUCCAGGCAAAUACAGUUUUGGAAACAACAAAAAUAGAUGAUACAUUUUCAUAUGAGGUUGCAAAAUCACAAACCAGUAGCGACAUGGAAUUGCCACAUAAUGUAGAUCAAAGCACAGACAUGAUAUCUCAGAUUGAAAAUGUUGCAGACCAAGUAACUCCUAUUAAUAACACAAGCCUACAGCCGUUUCAAGAAAGUGUGUUAAAUAUUACAGGGAAGCAAGUAGCAAAAGGAAAAGAGCAGGCAUCUCCCAAGACACAGGAGGUUGUGUUAGAGAUUGCAGAAAAAGAAGGGAAGUCAGUAGUAGAGAAGACCAUUGUAAAUUCACAAAAAAGUGUGCUAAAUGAUACAAAAGAAGAGUUAAAUAAAUCAGUGGAUCAAAUAGCAUCUAAGCCACAAGAACUUGCUUUAGCAAUUACAGAAGACAGAGGGACAAGUUCUAAUUCAAUGGAAAAUGCAUUAGAAAUUAAAGAAGAGCAUGGAACAAACAAUGUGGAACAGAGUAUGCAUAUAGAGAUAAUACAAGGCACAAAAAGAAAAGAGCAGAAAAGUUUGAUGGAUAUUAAAGAGGACAAUGAACAUCACAGUGUAGACACACCUGACUCUCAGACUGAUUUCACAUUGUAUGAGACAGUACAGAAAAUAGAUCUGUUUGAUGCAAAUGUUAAAAAAUCUGCAGGAAAUACACAUGAGGGUGGACAAAUCGAAGCUGAACAAGAACAUGAAAAAUCAGAAGAGGAAGUAUGGCACAAAGAAAAGACACAAUAUACUAAAUCUGAGGUUGAAACAAGUGAACAGAUAGAGAACAGAAAAUCAGAGGAGGAUAAACAGAGAGGAGAACAUUUUGCCAAAGAAACAAGUUACACUGAAGAAAGACUACAAAAAGCAUCAAUGAAUGAAAAUAAAGGAAAUGAAGAAAAGAGGGUACAUGAACAUGUUAUUUGUACAGAUCAAAGGCUGCCUAGUAUAGAACUCUAUACGAAGGGUGUGGGUGAACAGAGAAUUCUAGAUAUGAGUUCAUUAUUGUUAGAUAAUGAGGAUAGGGUAAUAAGUGAAAAUUCUUUGGUGUCCCAGGAAAAAGAAAUACAGCUAGAAUCUGAAAUAAAAGUAGGGAGUAAAACGGACGCUGCCGCUAGGACUUCAGCUACAUUAGAAUUAGACAACAAAGGACAGGGAGAACAAACAAAGGGAGAGAUGAGACUGGGAGAGUUUACAUUGGAGAAUGAAAAUAAUGGGGAGACAGUGCUAGAUAAUAAGGAGAAAAGGGUAAUAAGUGAAAACACUUUGGUGCCCCUGGAAAUAGAAAAAAAACUUGAAAAGAAAGUAGAGAAUAAAAUAGAAGCUGUUCUUGGUCCUGUAAUUAGAUUGGAAUUAAAUAACAAAGAAGAGGGAGAACAAGUAAAGGAGGAGAAGGGAGUACAAGAACUUACAUCUGAGGAUAAAAAUAACGCGGAAGCAGCACUAGAUAAAAUGGAGGAAAGGGUAAUAAGUGAACACACUUUGCUGCCCCAAGAAAAAGAAAAACAGGUAGAAUCUGAAAUGAAAGCAGAGAGCAAAAUAGAAGCUGUGCUUGGUCCUGUAAUAAGAUUGGUAUUAGAUUACAAAGAAGAUGGAAAGCAAGUAAAGGAAGAGAUGAGACUGCAAGAGCUUACAUCUGAGGAUGAAAAUAAUGUGGAAACAGUGCUAGAUAAUGAGGAAAGGGUAAUAAGUGAAAAUACUUUGGUGCCCCAGGAAAAAGAAAUACAACUAGAAUCUGAAAUAAAAUUAGUGAGUAAAAUAGAAGCUACUCUUGGUACUGUAAUUAGAUUGGAACUAGAUAACAAAGAAGAUGAGGAAGAACAAGUAAAGGAAGAGAAGGGAGUACAAGAGUUUACAUCUGAGGAUAAAAAUAAUGCUGAAGCAGCACUAGAUAAAAUUGAGGAAAGGGUAAUAAUUGAACUUACUUUGCUGCCCCAAGAAAAAGAAAAACAGGUAGAAUCUGAAAUGAAAGCAGAGAACAAAAUAGAAGCUGUGCUUGGUCCUGUAAUUAGAUUGGAAUUAGAUUACAAAGAAGAUGGAGAGCAAGUAAAGGAAGAGAUGAGACUGCAAAAGCUUACAUCUGAGGAUGAUAUUAAUGUGAAAACAGUGCUAGAUAACAAGGAGGAAAGGAUUAUAAGUGAAAAUACUUUGGUGUCCCAGGAAAAAGAAAUACAACUAGAAUCUGGAAUAAAAGUAGGGAAUAAAAUAGAAGCUACUUUUGGUACUGUAAUUAGAUUGGAACUAGAUAACAAAGAAGAGGGAAAACAUGAAAAGGAAGAGAAGGGAGUACAAGAGUUUACAUCUGAGGAUAAAAAUAACUUGGAAUUAGUGCUAGAUAAAAUGGAGGAAAGGGUAAUAUGUGAACACACUUUGCUGCCCCAAGAAAAAGAAAAACAGGUAGAAUCUGAAAUACAAAUAGGGAGUAAAAUAGAAGCUACUCUUGGUACUUUAAUUAGAUUUGAACUAGAUAACAAAGAAGAGGGAGAACCAGUAAAGGAGGAGAAGGGAGUACAAGAGCUUACAUCUGUGGAUAAAAAUAAUGUAACUUUGCUGCCCCAAGAAAAAGAAAAACAGGCAGACUUUGACAUAAAAACAGAGAGUAAAAUCAAUGCUGUUCUUGGUCCUGUAAUAAGUUUGGAAUUAGAUUACAAAGAAGAUGGAGAGCAAGUAAAGGAAGAGAAGGGAGUUCAAGAGCUUACAUCUGAGGAUAAAAAUGUGGAAGCAGCACUAGAUAAAAUUGAGGAAAGUGUAAUAAGUGAACAUACUUUGCUGCCCCAGGAAAAAGAAAAACAGGUAGAAUCUGAAAUGAAAGCAGAGAGUAAAAUAGAAGCUGUUCUUGGUCCUGUAAUUAGAUUGGAAUUAGAUUACAAAGAAGAGGGAAAACAAGUAGAGGAAGAGAAGAGACUGCAAGAGCUUACAUCAGAGGAUGAACAUAAUGUGGAAACAGUGCUAGAUAAUAAGGAGGAAAGGGUAAUAAGUGAAAAUACUUUGGUGCCCCAGGAAAAAGAAAUACAGCUAGAAUCUGGAAUAAAAGUAGGGAGUAAAAUAGAAGCUACUUUUGGUACUUUAAUUAGAUUGGAAAUAGAUAACAAAGAAGAGGGGGAACAAGUAAAGGAGGAGAAGGGAGUACAAGAGCUUACAUCUGAGGAUAAAAAUAAUGUGGAAGCAGCACUAGAUAAAAUGGAGCAAAGGGUAAUAAGUGAACACACUUUGCUGCCCCAGGAAAAAGAAAAACAGGUAGAAUCUGACAUGAAAGCAGAGAGUAAAAUAGAAGCUGUUCUUGGUCCUGUAAUUAGAUUGGAAUUAGAUUACAAAGAAGAGGGAAAACAAGUAGAGGAAGAGAAGAGACUGCAAGAGCUUACAUCAGAGGAUGAACAUAAUGUUGAAACAGUGCUAGAUAAUGAGGAAAGGGUAAUAAGUGAAAAUACUUUGGUGCCCCAGGAAAAAGAAAUACAACUAGAAUCUGGAAUAAAAGUAGGGAAUAAAAUAGAAGCUACUCUUGGUACUGUAAUUAGAUUGGAACUAGAUAACAAAGAAGAGGAGGAAGAACAAGUAAAGGAAGAGACGAGAGUACAAGAGUUUACAUCUGAGGAUAAAAAUAACUUGGAAUUAGUGCUAGAUAAAAUGGAGGAAAGGGUAAUAUGUGAACACACUUUGCUGCCCCAAGAAAAAUAUAAACAGGUAGAAUCUGAAAUAAAAGUAGGGAGUAAAAUAGAAGCUACUCUUGGUACUUUAAUUCGAUUUGAACUAGAUAACAAAGAAGAGGGAGAACCAGUAAAGGAGGAGAAGGGAGUACAAGAGCUUACAUCUAUGGAUAAAAAUAAUGUGGAAGCAGCGCUAGAUAAAAUGGAGCAAAGGGUAAUAAGUGAACACACUGUGCUGCCCCAAGAAAAAGAAAAACAGGUAGACUUUGACAUGAAAGCAGAGAGUAAAAUAGAAGCUGUUCUUGGUCCUGUAAUAAGAUUGGAAUUAGAUUACAAAGAAGAUGGAAAGCAAGUAAAGGAAGAGAUGAGACUGCAAGAGCUUACAUCUGAGGAUGAAAAUAAUGUGGAAACAGUGCUAGAUAAUAAGGAGGAACGGGUAAUAAGUGAAAAUACUUUGGUGCCCCAGGAAAAAGAAAUACAGCUAGAAUCUGGAAUAAAAGUAGGGAGUAAAAUAGAAGCUACUUUUGGUACUUUAAUUAGAUUGGAACUAGAUAACAAAGAAGAGGGAGAACAAGUAAAGGAGGAGAAGGGAGUACAAGAGCUUACAUCUGAGGAUAAAAAUAAUGUGGAAGCAGCACUAGAUAAAAUGGAGCAAAGGGUAAUAAGUGAACACACUUUGCUGCUCCAGGAAAAAGAAAAACAGGUAGAAUCUGACAUGAAAGCAGAGAGUAAAAUAGAAGCUGUUCCUGGUCCUGUAAUUAGAUUGGAAUUAGAUUACAAAGAAGAGGGAAAACAAGUAAAGGAAGAGAAGAUACUGCAAGAGCUUACAUCGGAAGAUGAAAAUAAUGUGGAAACAGUGCUAGAUAAUGAGGAAAGGGUAAUAAGUGAAAAUACUUUGGUGCCCCAGGAAAAAGAAAUACAGUUAGAAUCUGGAAUAAAAGUAGGGAGUAAAAUAGAAGCUACUCCUGGUACUUUAAUCAGAUUGGAAAUAGAUAACAAAGAAGAGGGAGAACAAGUAAAGGAAGAGAAGGGAUUACAAGAGCUUACAUCUGAGGAUAAAAAUAAUAUGGAAGCAGUGCUAGAUAAAAUGGAGAAAAGGGUAAUAAGUGAACACACUUUGCUGCCCCAAGAAAAACAGGUUGAAUCUGAAAUGAAAGCAGAGAGUAAAAUAGAAGCUGUUCUUUGCCCUGUAAUUAGAUUGGAAUUAGAUUACAAAGAAGAGGGAAAACAAGUAAAGGAAGAAAUGAGACUGCAAGAGCUUACAUUUGAGGAUGAAUUUAAUGUGGAAACAGUGCUAGAUAAUAGGGAGGAAAGGGUAAUAGGUGAAAAUACUUUGAUGUCCCAGGAAAAAGAAAUACAGAUAGAAUCUGGAAUAAAAGUAGAGAGUAAAAUAGAAGCUACUCUUGGUAAUGUAAUUAGAUUGGAAUCAGAUAACAAAGAAGAGGGAAAACAUGAAAAGGAAGAGAUGAGGCUAAAAGAGCUUACAUUUGAUGGCAACAAAAGUGUGGAGACAGUGCUAGAUAAUAAAGAGAAAAGGGUAAUAAGUGUAAAUGCUUUGGUGUCCCAGAAAAAAGAAAUACAGUUAAAAUCUGGAAUUAAAGUGGUGAGUAAAAUAGAAGCUGCUCUUGGUACUGUAAUUAGUUCUGAAUUAGAUAAAAAAGAGGGAGAACACGUAAAGCAAGAGGUGAGACAACAAGAUCUUACAUUUGAGGAUGACAAUAUUGUGGCGACAGUGCUUAAACCCAAAUUUUGUAUAAAGGAAGGAUUGCAAAGAUCAUCAGUGGAGAAAGACAGGAUAGUACACCGCCAUGAAAUAACAGAAGAAGUAAUAGGUGUUGCAGAUACAGAGCUAAAAAAUGUAGCAGAUCAUGCUGCUAUAGUAAAAUAUACACUGCACAAUGAGGACAAUUUUCAAGAAGUCACAGAACAUAAGAAAGCAAUGGAGAUAAAUAGCUUGCAAUACACAGCUAAGACAGAGAAGAGUGUAAAGGGGAUGGAAAUAGCCAAAGCACCCUCACCUAUAGCCUGUAAAGAGGUGUCCUAUGAACUAAUGCAAGAAAAGGCAGACUCAGAGACUGCACAUGGGUCAAAGAAUACUGAAUUAGAAAUAGAAGUAGACAUCAUAUUUAAAUCUAAUGAAAACAGCCGUGAGGAAAAUAGGUUGCAAGAAAUCACUGAUAUAAUAAAAAGAGUGGAAUGCACAGCAGAUGAGACAGAUAAUGGAAUACAGGAAAAUGUAAAUACAACACAGGUAGUGUUCUCUACAAAAAAUACAAUGGAGAGCAAUAGUCAGAAAGAUGAAAAUUUACUGGAAAGAAAAAAAGAAAGACCACAAGAAAAACAGAGAGUGCCAGAGGGGUUAAGAGAUCAGGAGAUAACUGUACAAACAAGGGAAAUGUGCAACCUUUCAAGCCAAGCAUUUGCACCUUUAUUCACCACCAGUGAAACCCUUUCUCCUGACCCCUCAAGCUCUAGUGUGUCAGGGGCUGAGAAAGGGUCAACCCACAUGCUAUCAAUGCGCAGCUUCUCCAUGUCCCCCCCAUCGACCCUUGGACAACAAAGGAGCGCUGAAAAGAAGAGGCUGAGCCAGUGCACAGGGCUAUUGGGGGAGGUGGUGUACAGCAGUAUCGAUUCACUGCUAUGCUGGUGUCAAGAGGUGACUGCCAGUUACCGUGGUGUGCGUGUGAACAAUUUUACAACAUCCUGGAGAAAUGGAUUGGCAUUCUGUGCGAUUCUUCAUCAUUUCCAUCCUGAGAUCAUUAACUAUGAAGUUCUGGAUCCAUUAAAUAUUAAGGAAAACAAUAAAAAAGCAUUUGAUGGCUUUGCUAGUCUUGGAAUUCCUGCCCUUCUGUGUCCUACAGAUAUGCUUCUUCAUCCUAUUCCCGACAAGCUCAUUAUUCUUACGUAUCUCUGCCAAAUACGUGAUCAUUUCAUUUCUCAGAAACGUGAAGUCAGUGCUACUCAAGGGAGUGAAGCUGAAUUUUCCAGUAUGGCAAGCAUCACCACUGAGAAGUCAAAAAUUCUGAAUACUGCUGGAAAAAUUAUUUCACCAGAGCACUUAAAUGCAGAUAUUUCACCUGAUCUAAAAAAGAUGGUGAAAAAAUCUCCUGAAGUUUUAAAAACAGCUUCCUAUGUAAAACAAGAAAAAUCAGCUUCUGAUAAUGUGGAAGAAAGAGAAAAGCACAGGUUUUCCUUCACAGAGCAGAAAAUGCCAAGCUCUGGAAAAGAAAAGCAAGGCUCUAGAUCAUCUGAGGAUAAAAGUAAAUCCAAAGAAGCUUCACAUGAUCUUACAAUAAAUGAAGAGCACAAGACUACUAAUCAAACAUCACUGACACAUGAGACACAACCACCUCGAAUCAAAAAAAGACUGAGUGUAAAUGAAGGGUUGAAUGGGUGUGAUUCUAACUGGGAACAAGUAGAUGCCAGUACUUCUUCUACUUCUACCCCAGUUCCUCCUCCAAGAAAAGGAGGAGGUCUGGGUCACCUCCGUGAUGCAGACCUUGUCAAGAAGAGACGUUCUCUUAUACGCACUCAGUCACUUUCAGAGGAAGUGGAUAUCACACAAAAAAGCCACGAGACUGAUUCCAGACCCUCAUCUCAAAUUAUAAAUGAGAUAGUGCCUUCUAUACCGACAACUUCCCCUUCAAUCCCAACCACAGAGGCCAGAGUGAAAGAGGAAGAAGCUUCAGGUUUCAGAGACACCAGCCAAUAUGUUACAGCGGAACUUGCAGCACUAGAGCUUGAACAGAGAAAUAUUGAUGAAAGGGCUUCAGUGGUAGAAAGAGAUCUCCGUUCUCUUAUGGAAAAUGGGUCAGAUAAAGAGGAAGAGGAGACUCUGAUUCAGGAGUGGUUCUCACUAGUAAAUCGAAGGAAUGUAUUGAUCCGCAGGCAGGAUGAGCUACAGCUGCUUGUAGAAGAGCAAGAUCUGGAAAGGAGAUUUGAGCUCCUGAGCAGAGACCUCCGAGGGUUAUUAUGUAUUGAUGACUGUAUGAAGAGUGAAGCCCAGAAAAAGAGAGAGAAACUCUUAUUGGAUGAGUUAGUGUCUCUUGUGAAUCAACGUGAUGGUCUUGUAAGGGAUUUGCAUAUCAAAGAGAUCAGGGCUGUGGAGGAGGAUGAAAGAAUUGAAAGAAGUCUGGAGCAAAGGCGAAGAAGUUUAAGCAAAAAGGAGAAAUGUCGUAUCAGCUGAGUCUUCUGUGAAAAAUAAUGCACCACUGUGAGGAUAAAGCUGCUUCAGCGUAUUUUAGCUGCACUACGCAGAAUCCAAUGAAAUUAACUUCACCUGAAGCUAAAUGCACAUUACACACAUAAAAUGAUCUUUUCAAAGCACCAGUACUAAUGAUGCAAUAAUAGGAAACUGGUUCAGCUGCGAACUUUAUGAAAUCUUAAACAGAAGGUUGUUGAGAAGUGGAACCCCUACUAAAUAUUACUCAGGCUUUAUGUUCUUUCACUUGCUGCUAAGGUCAUAGUAAUGAUCUAUAAUUAUGUGUUUUUUGCAUGAAUAGGUUCUUUGAUAGUAUUAUAUGCAGUUAUCUUUAUUCAUAGAAAUGUUUUUGUAAUGUAGAUAAUGUUGA